UUUUAUUUUUCUCUAGUAUCAUACCAGUACCAAAUAUCCAGAUAACACAAUUAUUAUUCUGUUUAAUUGCACGAUUCUAUUAUAAUAUUUCAUCAAUUCAAUAACAUUCUUCCAACGCCCAAGUUUAUGUCAAGGAUUCCUCUUUUAUAAUUUUCUAAAUUGUUCGUCUUUUAAUACGUUUUUCUUGGAACAAAUAUUGAGAAAAUGUUACAUUUGGGACGUGGUGGAGUACGUUUUGCCAGUUCAACAGCUGCAGCAACGGCAGAUACUAAAGCAGCCAAGAUUUUGGAUUCAAUAAUAAGAGUAAAUCAUGCUGGAGAAUUGGGUGCUGAUAGAAUUUACGCCGGACAAAUGGCUGUUUUAGGAAAAUCAUCAGUGGGUCCAACAAUUGAACACAUGUGGGACCAAGAGAAAAAACACAGAGAAAAAUUCGAAGAGCUAAUUCGAAAGUACAGAGUAAGACCCACAGCCUUGCUUCCAAUAUGGAAUGUUGCGGGAUUUGUUUUGGGUGCUGGUACUGCGCUUAUGGGUGAGAAAGCUGCUAUGGCUUGCACAGUAGCUGUUGAAACGGUUAUUGUUGAACAUUACAAUGAUCAAUUACGAGCAUUGAUGGAAGAAAAAAAUCAAGACGAUGUUGAUCAAGAAUUAUUGGAGACGAUUAAAAAGUUUCGCGACGAAGAACAGGAACAUCAUGAUACGGGAAUAGAUCUUGGUGCUGAACAAGCUCCGCUUUAUGAUGCGCUGACAAAAAUUAUCAAAGCCGGAUGUAAAACUGCUAUUGCGAUAUCUAAGGUCGUAUGAAUUUUUUUUGCAUCUGUUUAUAUUUUUAUUUAAUUGAUACUAACUGAAGACUUGAAGACUGGUGUUGAUGAAAUCUUAUAUUGUAUAUAGUAUUCAAAUUACUUAUAAAGUAUGAAAAUAAAUUAAAACAUACAAGAUAAAAUAAAUUAUGUUUAUCUUAUUGAAA